AUGAGCGAGCUUAUCGAUAGCACUGAAAAACUGGCGAUCGGAUCGACCGAACAGACCGAACAGAAGAUCACUCCAUGGGAGGUCGAGGGAGCCGUUGUGGACGGCCAGGCCGUCGGCAUCGAUUACGAGAAACUGAUCUCCCAAUUUGGUACCAAAAGAAUUACCCAGGAGACUCUGGAGAGAUUCACACAGGUGACCGGCCACCAGCCACACCAUUUCCUCAAGAAAGGCUUGUUCUUUUCUGAAAGAGACUUUAACAGAAUCCUGGACCUGUACGAGCACGGCGAACCGUUUUUCUUGUACACCGGCCGUGGUCCUUCUUCCGACUCGAUGCACCUGGGUCACAUGAUCCCGUUCACGUUCACCAAGUGGUUGCAGGACGUUUUUGACGUUCCGCUCGUUAUUGAACUCACGGACGACGAGAAGUUCUUGUUCAAGCCUAAACUCACUAUUGAGGACGUUAAGAAGUUCGCCAAGGAUAACACCAAGGAUAUCAUUGCUGUUGGGUUCAACCCAGAAAACACCUUUAUUUUCUCCGAUCUCGAGUACAUGAACUCUGCCUUCUACGAAACGGUUGUGCGUGUGUCUAGACAGAUCACCACUUCCACUGCUAGAGCCGUGUUUGGGUUCCAGGACUCGGACUGUAUUGGAAAGUUGCACUUUGCUUCAGUCCAGAUUGCUACCGCCUUCCCUUCUUCGUUCCCUGAGGUGUUGGGAUUGCCUCCAAAAACCCCAUGUUUAAUUCCUUGCGCUAUCGAUCAAGACCCAUAUUUCAGAGUGUGCAGAGAUGUGGCCGACAAGCUCAAGUUCAGCAAGCCUUCGUUGAUCCACUCCCAGUUCUUCCCUGCUUUGCAAGGUCCAACCACCAAGAUGAGUGCUUCUGACGAAAACAGUGCCAUUUUCAUGACAGACACCCCUAAACAGAUCCAGAAGAAGGUCAACAAGUACGCCUUCAGUGGAGGAAAGGUCAGCAUCGAGGAACACAGAAAGUACGGCGGUGACCCUGACGUUGACGUUGCAUACCAGUAUUUGAGCUAUCUUAGCGAAGACGACGAGAUGCUCGCGGAUGUGGCGGAGAAAUACCGCUCUGGUGAGCUGCUUUCCGGUGAGAUGAAGAAGUUGUGCAUAGACGUGUUGCAGAAGUUUGUCAAAGACUUCCAAGAAAGACGUGCCUUGGUCACCGAAGACGUGGUUGCUUCUUUCAUGAAGCCUCACAAGCUGGUUUCCGGAACCAAGCAAAGACUUGUUCCUGCCAAAGAGAGACCAAAGAAGAAAUAA